AUGGAGGUGAGAGAGGAAGAGGAGCCAAUCACGUUCACCCCUGCUGAUAGAGGUGAUAUAAUACUUCCACAUAACGAUCCAAUGGUAAUUUCUGCAGUUAUCGCCAAACACCCCAUCAGUAGAAUUUUGGUGGAUAGCGGCAGCUCUGUUAAUCUAAUCUAUUGGAAUUGUUUCGAACAAAUGCACAUAUCCCAAGACCGGUUGAGAAAAGUGUCCUCUCCCCUGUACAGCUUCACUGGAGAACCUGUCUCGGUAGCAGGAUCUGUUCAACUACCUGUCACAUUGGGCGCCGACCCUCAAAGUGUGACUCGACAGGCGAAUUUCAUGGUGGUCAAAGCCCAUUCUGCAGCAUACAAUAUGAUUUUAGGCCGACCGCUCCUCAAUGAUAUGAGGGCUGUAGUGUCCUCUUGCUACUUAUUAAUGAAAUUCCCCACGCUCUCAGGAGUAGGGCAAGUUCGUGGAGAUCAGAAGAAGGCAAGAUCCUGUUAUGUAUCGUCCACAAAAGGAAAAAGAGCAGAAGAGACUUUAUCUAUCGCUGAAAAAGCCAUACACAAAUCCCUGGAAGAAGAAACUGCUCGCAAGCCCCAACCAGUGGAAGAGUUAGAAGCAGUGCGCUUAAGUGACAUAGAUCCCGAGAAGUUGGUGUAUGUUAGCACGAAGCUUCCGAAACCAGUAAAAGAGGAAAUCAUGGGGUGCCUUAGAGAAAAUUUGGAUGUCUUUGCUUGGACACCAAGGGAUAUGCCAGGGAUUAGUCCAGACGAGAUAUGUCACCAUUUGAACGUGGAUCCUCAGUUCAAGCCUGUUCGACAAAAAAAAAAAAGGAAUAUCGCCCCUGAUAGACUACCGGCGUUAAAAGAAGAAAUUGAUAAGCUACUAAAGGCAUGUUUCAUUCGAGAGGUGUUAUAUCCAGAGUGGUUGGCCAAUGUGGUUAUGGUUAAAAAACCCAACGGAAAAUGGCGCGUGUGUAUAGACUUCAUUGGCCUCAACAAGGCGUGUCCUAAAGAUUCCUACCCAUUACCUCGGAUUGAUCAUCUGGUGGAUGAAACAUCUGGGUAUCAUCUAUUGAGCUUCUUAGAUGCCUUCUCAGGGUAUCAUCAGAUAAUGAUGUAUCCUCCAGAUCAGGAGAAAACAUCAUUCAUUAUAGAAAAAGGGACAUAUUGUUACCAAGUUAUGCUAUUCGGGCUCAAGAACGCGAGGGCCACUUAUCAACGCAUGGUGAAUAAAGUCUUUAAGGAAUUGUUGGGUGAUACAAUGGAAGCAUAUGUCGAUGAUAUGAUCGUGAAAAGUCGGGAGAAGGAAUCGCAUGUUAAAAAGCUGGCACGAGUGCUUGAAGUCUUUAGGCAAUACAAAAUGCGCCUAAACCCAGCAAAAUGUGCAUUUGGAGUUCAGUCUGGAAAAUUCUUAAGGUAUAUGAUCACACAAAGGGGCAUCGAGGCGAACCCCGAAAAGAUUCAAGCGAUACUGGAUAUGGAACCCCCAACAUCAAUUAAGGAGGUGCAGCGGCUGACAGGUCGAAUGGCGGCUCUUGGGCGUUUCCUCUCCAAAUCGGCCGAAAGGGAACUCUCGUUUCUUCAGACGUUAAGGACAGGGAAAAAGUUUGAGUGGACGGAGCAAUGCCAAAAGUCAUUUGAGGCAUUAAAAGAGUACUUGAAGGAAGUCCCUUUAUUGACUCGACCUGAAACUGGGGAAAUGUUAUAUCUGUACUUGGGUGUAAGUGACAAAGCAGUAAGUGCAGUACUAAUUAAAAAGGAAGGACAAGUGGAUCGACCAGUGUACUACGUCAGUAAGGUUCUACAAGGGCCGGAAACGCGUUAUCCCUUCAUAGAAAAGGUGGCACUGGCCCUAUUGAACGCCUCUAGAAAGUUGAGGCCAUAUUUCCAAGCUCACUCCAUUAGCGUACUGACAGACCAACCAUUACGGAGCAUUUUACAAAAGCCUAAGUGUUCCGGUCGUCUCACCAAAUGGUCCAUUGAGUUGAGUGAGUAUGACAUACAAUAUCAUCCUAGGCAGGCUAUAAAAGGGCAAGCAUUGGCGGACUUUAUUGUCGAAUGUACACCCUCUAAGGAAGCCAAGGAAAAGAGCAUAACAGAGUGGUUACUGUUUGUUGAUGGGGCUGCCAGUUCCCAAGGGAGUGGAGCGGGAAUAGUGCUUAUCCCACCAGAAGGAGAAUCCCUUGAAUACUCUCUAAGAUUCGCUUUUCCAAGCUCGAAUAAUGUGGCCGAGUAUGAGGCACUAAUCGCCAGUCUAAGGUUAGCCCGAAAACUUGAGGUAGCACAAUUGAUAGCCCACAGUGAUUCUCAACUGAUCGUUCAGCAAUACUACGGGCAGUACGAAACUAGAGAGCCGGCCAUGGGACAGUAUCUCCAGAAAGUCAGGGCACUUGCACAGUUGUUCGAAAGUUUUCGGCUAGUACAGAUCAACAGAUCCCUUAAUGGCCAUGCAGACGCUUUAUCCAAAUUAGCAUCCACUAAAGAAACUACUGGGAGAACAGUGUAUGUGGAAGUCCUUCAACAACCAAGUAUAGAAGAACCUGAAGUAGCAUGUAUUGAGAAUAGUAACGACUGGAGAACCCCUUUCUACAAAUAUUUGACCACGGGAGAAUUACCGGCAGACCCAAAAGAGGCUAAGAAAAUUAAACUUAGAGGAGCUCGUUUCACAAUAAUAGAUGGGAUGCUAUACAAGCGAGCGCACACUACGCCACUCCUCAAAUGCUUAGGCCCUCGGGAAACUAAUUAUGCUUUGAUUGAGGUUCACAGUGGAGUAUACGGUGAGCAUCUGGGAGGAAGGGCCCUCGCGGCCAAAAUCCUAAGGGCAGGCUUUUUCUGGCCUACAUUACAACAUGAUGCUCAAGCAAAGGUCAAAGAGUGUGAUAAAUGUCAGAGGCACGCCCCGAUUCAUUCUGCUCCGAUAUCGCAACUACAACCCACAUUCCAGCCCAUUCCCUUCGCUCAAUGGGGCUUGGAUAUUCUCGGCCCAUUUCCACAAGCUACAGGGCAAAGGAAAUUCCUUUUGGUGGCAAUGGAUUAUUUUACCAAGUGGAUUGAAGCCGAAGCCCUAGCCACCAUCAGUGCGAGGAAAGUAGAGGCCAUGGUAUGGAAAGACAUUGUAUGUCGAUUUGGAAUCUCACGAAUCAUUAACACCGAUCAUGGAAAGCAGUUUGACUGUGAUUCUUUCCGAAAUUUUUGCAAAGGCUUGGACAUUCAGCUAAGGAUUUCUUCAGUAGCAUAUCCCCAAGCUAACGGACAAGCAGAAGUCAGCAACAGAACAAUCUUACAUGGUUUGAAAACUCGGCUAGAAGGCGCAAAGGGAGCAUGGGUGGAUGAAUUGCCUACCGUCUUGUGGGCCUACCGAACAACCAGUCGGGUCUCAACGGGUGAAACGCCAUUUAACCUGGUGUACGGAACAGAAGCUUUGAUUCCUGUGGAAAUCUCUUGCAGGUCACCCCGAUUGGAUGCUUUUGAUAAAUGUGACAGUUCGGAAAACUCUGAUUCAUUAAAAGAGAGUCUUGAUCUCAUCGAGGAACAGAGAGACAGGGCGGCGGUACGAAUCGCUGCCUAUCAUAAAAGGGUUGCCAACUAUUACAACUCUCGUGUAAGGAGCCGACCUCUCAAGAAGGGAGAUUUGAUCCUCAGAAAAUCAGCCAUCACCAAUGCACUCCGAGAGGAUGGAAAAUUUCGAGCAAAUUGGGAAGGGCCGUACUGUAUCCAAGAAAUGAUAGGUCCUAGUACCUGUAUCCUCCAAACGCUCCAGGGUGAAACCAUGGGUAAGACUUGGAGCACAAACCACUUGAAAUUGUACUCCCUUUCGGACAUGUAA